UGUAGCUAAGCAUGGCGGCGUGUCGUACUAGUUAAACAGGGUUUGGAUGAAGAUCAUUGUAGUGAGAGGUCGUGGUCAAUAAUGGUGAGAAGAACGUUCGUCGUAAACCGUGUGCCAAAAAAUGGUGUGACAACAGAAACUGUAUGUGAUAGAGAAAAUGUAGAUAUAGAAGAAGCUAUCCAAUUAACAGGAAAUGGCCGCUACAACUUCACCCUGCUCUCCACCUGCUGCAUCAUCAUGCUGGGCGCAGUCGUGGACAUGUUGGGCUACAGCCUGGUGGUGCCCGCAGCCAGCUGUGACUUAGAUUUAAGUUUAGAACACAGUGGCAUGCUCACAUCAGUCUCUUUUGCUGGAUUCAUAUUCGCCUUACCUUGGGGAUAUACAGCUGAUACUAAAGGAAGAAAAAAAGCCCUCCUAAUCUCCUCAACAGCAGGGUUCAUUCUUUCCAGCCUGACGAGCCUCUCCACCGACUUCUACAUGAUGCUUGUCCUCAAAUUCCUGGCUUCCAGUUUUUCUACAGCAUCAAUAACUUUAACAAUUACCUUCCUCGGAGAGUGCACACCAAAAGAAUGGAGGAACAGAUACAUGUUCAUACAGAAUGUGUUUAGUCUUGCAGCUGACUUUGUUUGCUUUGCUCUGGCGUACUUCAUCCUACCUCUAGAGUUCAGCGUUCCUUUACCAUUACUGAACACAUAUCGACCGUGGCGGCUCCUCACACUCCUGAUGACGUUUCCAUUAGGCAUAGGCUCGGUCAUGUUGUGCUUCCUCCACGAAAGUCCAAAGUUCUUGGCGAACCUGGGAGAAACAGACAAAGCACUAGAAGUACUGCAGUCUAUUCAUAAAACGAAUAAUGGAAAACACAGUGUAUAUCCUGUAAAGUCUUUAAUGAAAGUGGACAAACCAGACGGCACGAUUUCGUUUUGGAGAUCAGUAAUAAAGCAGACAGUGCCAAUCAUAAAACCACCGCUACUCUGGAGGUCCCUGCAACUAUUACUGCUGUUCGCAAUCUGCUGCAGCACAAAUAAUGUUUUCUUCAUGUGGUUCCCAACGAUGGUCAACUCGUUCUUCACGACUGUGUCAGAAGAUUCACGUUUCUGCGAAAAAGUCGUCGCCAACAUCACACCUAGUUCUUAUAAUGAAACCUGUAUAGAUGCUGAUCCCAUCAACACAAUCUACUCAGGGCUACUCUUCACUCUCUUCUUCACAAGUUUUAACAUGAUCAUCAUUGCCCUCUCCAACUGGAGACGGACCCUGAUGAUAAGCACCUUUAUCAUCUCUGGAGUCAGCUGUAUUCUGGUCGAUAUGGUGCGACAACCAGCCGCCAGUAUGGUGUUCUUCAUUGCCAUUCAAUUUACUGGCAUAUGUAUUGGAACCGUGGGUUCAUAUUACGUUGAUAUCUUUCCUACUUCUUAUAGGGGUCUAGCGACCAGUCUUGGCAUGAUGUUUGCCAGGUUUGUGUGCCUCGGUGGCGUGAAUGUAGUUGGAGCCACCAUCGUCGACUACUGCCGGAUAACCUUCUACGGGUGGUCGAUAUUUGUUUUCAGUGGAAUUAUAGCAGCAUUUUACCUGCCAGGAGAACCGAAAGCCGAUUCUAUAACGAGAGUGGAUAAAGUAAUAUAGUGUUUGAAAUAAGAGACUUUUAUACAUAAAUAAUAUUAAAUAAUGUGAAUACC